AUGGAGAAGCAUGAUGACGAGGCCAAGGCCGGCAACGCGAGGCCGGAGUUGGGUCGAGAGGCAGACGACCUGUCCGUCUCGCUUACUGGAUCUAGCGUCGAAACCGACGAGAAGCGUCACCAACACGGGCAUGCGGACGAGCCGGGCGCAUCGGACGACAAAAAGAAAAAGGUCCGGCCGGCCUCGGAUGGUCUUGGUGACGAGGCUGCAUCGGCGUACAGCACCGACUCGAGCCACUCGACCGAGCGCGGCGAGGCGGACCUCGGGAACGAGGCGAUCGAGGAGACCGUCCCCGGGCGCGACCUCGACCGCCAACUAAGCAGGGUCCGCGAUAUCGAGAGCCUGCGGAGGAUCGAGUCGCGCGGCAGCAUCAAGUCCAAGGUCUCGCGCGUCUUCUCCGUCGUCUCGGGGCGCGGCCGCGCCAAGGACGGCGCCGGCAUCAGGCACGACCCGCUGCCGCAGACGAGCCUGGGCGAGGGCAUCGUGGGCUGGGACGGCCAGGACGACCCGGCUAUGCCGCUCAACUUCCAGCCGUUCCGCAAGUGGCUGCUCGUCGGCCUCCUGUCGACGAUCACGCUCGUCACGCCCUUUGCGUCGUCCAUCCUGUCGCCUGGGAUCGCCUCGCUCAUGGCCGAGUUUGGCGAGGCGCAGCAGAUCGUGGGCUCCAUGACCGUCAGUAUCUACCUGCUCGGUUACGUCGUCGGCCCGAUGGUCUUGGCCCCGAUGAGUGAGAUCUACGGGCGGAGGCCGGUGUUGACGGCAGCCAACGUGUUCUUCUGCUGCUGGCAGAUUGGGUGUGCGUUGGCGCCCGAUAUCAGCACCCUGAUCGUGUUCCGUUUCUUCAGUGGCGUCGGGGGCGCUGGUUGUCUGACACUCGGUGGUGCUGUCAUUGGUGAUUUGUUCCGGCCGGAGCAGCGAGGUUUCGCUAUGGGGAUAUGGACAUUCGGGCCCUUGAUUGGCCCGAUCCUCGGUCCCCUAAUUGGAGGCUUCAUCGCCGAGUCGAUUGGGUGGAGAUGGGAUUUCUGGAUUGUGCUCAUUGUCGCCGUGCUCAUCACCAUUACCAUUGAGGUCUUCAACCAGGAGACCAGCCAUCGCAUCAUCAUUGAGAAGAAGGUCAAACGGCUGAGGAAGGAGACGGGUCGCGAUGACCUGCGCAGCUGUUAUGACACCACCCAAGGCUCAAAGCUUUCGCAGAAGCGUAUCCUGGUCAACGGGCUGGUUCGGCCUCUCAAGAUGCUCGUUCUCUCCCCAAUCGUCCUGCUGUUGACGAUCUACAUCUCGUUUACGUACGGCACGCUCUACCUCCUCUUCACCACGAUACCCACUGUGUUUCAAGAGACCUACGGCUUCAGCACUGGUCUCACCGGGCUGGUGUACCUCGGCCUGGGCACCGGUACGACACUGGGGUGGAUAGUCAUUACCCUCUACUCGGACAAGUCCGUCAUCAAGCUCGCCAAGGCGAACAAUGGCGAGUUCGAGCCCGAGAUGAGGCUUGCCAUGUCGAUUGGCUUCUCGUGGCUGCUUCCAAUCACCUUCUUCUGGUACGGCUGGACAGCGCAGUACAAGGUGCACUGGAUCAGUCCGAUACUAAGUCUCAUCCCCUAUGGCUGUGGAAUCAUGGGGCUUUUCUUGCCCGUCACAACGUACCUCGUCGAUUGCUACCCCAUGUACGCCGCCGCCGCGAUUGCGGCAAACACGGAGCUCCGGAGUCUUGUCGGUGCACUGCUGCCACUUGCAGGCCCUCCUAUGUACGAGACGCUUGGCCUGGGCUGGGGCAAUUCCUUGUUGGGGUUCCUGUGCGCGCUCAUGAUCCCCUUGCCGAUAGUGUUCUACAAGUUCGGCAAGAAGCUGCGCAAGAUGGAGAAGCUCAAGCUUUGA